CCCAGAGGAGGUCCGCCUCCCUGACCUGCGGCCACAUCCCCCGCUUUCUCCCUCCUCUCUGAAACCGCAAGUCCUCGAAGGUUUUCUCGGAACGUAGCCAGAACAUCUUUUUGGCAGUACAACAGACCAAGCUUCGAAAUUCGCCCGGCACUCAAAUCACAGUCCUCAAAGUCACCAGCACUCGGCGUUCGGGCAGAAACAUCCUCAAUCACACCACAGCAGCACGCGUCCAUGGAGUACACAUUCCAGCCCACCAGGAGAGGCCCAUCGCAUCGCCGCCGGGGAGUCACGAUAAGCACAUCGACCACAACGACGGCGAGCCGGCCGCGCCUGGUGCACCACACACCCGCCACGGGCAGCACAAUAGACACCACUCGCGCAUCGCCAUCGUCCUACACGUCAAUAUCAGAUGCAGGCUCGUCGACGUCCUCGACGAAUCCCUUUGACACGGUCGACGAAGCCACCCGCCAGUCAGCAACAACAACGAGAACAACAGCAGCAACAGCCCCGGCUAACCCUCUGCCUCCUCGCGGGCAGCAGGAAUUGCAGACCUUCGAGGUCCAAGAGCUCGACCCGAGCGACACCCAGGAAACUUUCGACCUGUCCCCUCCUCUGCAGAUCUCGGGCCACGGCCAGUUGCUGCUGUGGCAGGGGUGCAUCGUGCACAUCUACCACAGCGACGACGAUACCACCCCUGGAGAGCAGCUGCCACUCGGAGACGGCAAGGGGAUCGUGCCGCACGGCGUGUCGGUGUGGUUGGCGGGGAGGCAUGGGAUGGUCAAGACGCGGGACGCAUUGUCGCCCUGAGUAGAUGAGAUGCAGCUGAAAAUAAAUGUCGUCAAGCGGAUAUGACUGUUUAUGCUUCGUUUGGGUCCUGUCUUUAUGCCACGGCGUCUGUAGCGUCCAUCUCGCGGGUAUUUUGGCACACGGAAGCUCCGAUACCCUUUCUUUAUUUUUUGUUUUUCGCAUCUCAAUCUGCAUCAUGGCGUUGAUAGGCGU